CCGUUUCCUUUGCCAGAUCAUUUCCCUGCUCUGAGUCACCCCACAUCAGGGCUGUUUUGUUAAGAGCCUGGGGACUGCGGCCACUGGCAGAUGCACGAGCCUCCCACCUUCCCAUACGUAGUGCCCUAGCAGUGGCCAGCACAGGGUGAAUGAAGUGGGUGACAAAUGACAUGCAAAUGCCUUCCCUGGUGGCUACAGAAAAGUUAUUUGCUUGCACCAUUCAGAAGGCUGGUGUUUGCAUAUUAUUAAACGCUGACAUCCUGUUGAACUUCUUGUAGCAUAAGAUUUGCAGACAGUGACUCGUUCAGGGAUUUGGACUUUAUUGACUGAGGGCUGCUUGGCAGAGAAGGAGAAAAUGAGCUGGAUUGGGAAGUGAGCGCUCGCACGGCUAUUUGGAGAGGAUUCUUCUGUGCGAGGGAGACGGGAGAAUAAUUUGGCUUCAGCUCCAAGGACAAGUUUUUCAUGAUGUCAAUCAAAAAGGAAGGUGCCCACAAGAAAUGGGCUGCCCUGAAGGAGAAACUCGGGCCCCAGGAGACCGACCAGUCAGAGGCCAACCUGGAAAAUGCGGAGCCAGAGCUGUGCAUCCGUCUCCUGCAAAUGCCGUCAGUGGUGAACUACUCCGGGCUGAAGAAGCGGCUGGAGAACAGCGACGAUGCUUGGAUGGUCCAGUUCCUGGAGCUAUGUGGGCUGGACCUCCUCCUGGAGGCCCUGGACAGGCUGUCUGGGAGAGGGGUGGCCAGGAUUUCUGAUGCCUUGCUUCAGCUCACCUGCAUUAACUGUGUGCGAGCGGUCAUGAACUCCCACAAAGGCAUUGAGUACAUCGUGAGCAAUGAGGGCUACGUCAGAAAACUCUUCCAAGCACUUGACACAACUAAUGUCAUGGUGAAAAAGCAAGUAUUUGAGCUCCUGGCUGCACUGUGCAUUUACUCAUCAGAUGGCCACACUUUGGCUUUGGAUGCCCUGGACCAUUACAAGAGUGUGAAGAACCAGCAGUAUCGAUUCAGUGUCAUAAUGAAUGAGCUCUCCAACACGGAUAAUGUGCCGUAUAUGGUGACACUGCUGAGUGCUAUCAAUGCCAUCAUACUGGGGAAAGAAGACCUAAGAACAAGAACACAAAUACGAAACGAGUUCAUAGGGCUUCAGCUGUUGGAUAUUUUAGACAAGCUAAGAGACAUAGAGGAGGAGGAUCUGCUUAUCCAGUGUGAUACAUUUGAGGAGUUCAAGAUAGAAGAUGAUGAGGAAUUAUUGAAGAUAUGUGAUGGAAUAAACAUGAACGAUCACCAUGAGGUCUUUUCAUCUCUCUUCAAUAAAGUGAGCCGCUCUCCAGUCUCCAUCCAGCUGCUGUCCAUUCUCCAGAGCUUGCUCCACUUGGAACCGUCUCAUCACUCCAACCUCCUGCUGUGGGAGUCCUUGGAUGCAGUAGUGAACAGAGCCCUUUUGCUUGCAAAUGACAUCCAAGGAAACACAGUGGAAGAAGUCAUUGAGAGGCUGUUAUCUGUCAAGAAACAACCAAACAAGCAAAAGAGAGCUGAAAACCGUCUUUCUGGGAAUGUGAACAGAGGCAUCCAUACCGAAGUAGAACUAGAACCAUGCGCAAGUGCAGUUCAGAGCCUGGUGGGAUCAGCAAACCCCUCCAAGGCACCAGCACCUCCCUCAGGGCCUCCUGCCAAUGAAGAGAAGAUCUCAUCCUGCCAGCUCUCAGCCUGUUCCGCUUUACCACAGACGUCUAACCCACCACCCAACGCUGCUCCUGCCCCACCACCUCCACCCCCACCACCUCCACCCCUGCCCUCUGGCAUGGCAGCUGUGCCCCCCACAUCCCCCAUGAUGAAUACGCCUCCAGCCCCUCCACUCCCUGGCAUCCCUCCUCCCCCAGUGCCCAACAUGGGGGGCAUUCCUCCACCUCCACCUCCUUUGCCUGGCUUGGGAGGCAUCUCUCCACCACCUCCAUUGCCUGUCAUAGGGGGCAUCCCUCCACCACCACCCCCACUGCCUGGUAUGGGGGGCAUCCCUCCUCCACCCCCAUUGCCUGGUAUGGGCGGCAUCCCUCCACCACCACCAUUGCCCUGCAUAGGGGGCAUCCCUCCUCCUCCACCAUUGCCUGGCAUGGGGGGCAUUCCUCCUCCACCCCCAUUGCCCGGCAUGGGGGGCAUCCCUCCACCACCACCACUGCCUGGCAUGGGGGGCAUCCCUCCACCGCCACCCCUCCUGCCCGGCAUGGCAGGAGAACAUAUAGAAGCCGUCGUGGCCUCUCAAUUUGGCUACCCUCUUGGCUCAGCCAGGCCUCCCCGCAAGAUGGUGAAGACGCCAACAUUGAAGAUGAAGAAGCUGAACUGGCAGAAGCUGCCCUCCAACGUGGUGAGAGAAAGUCACUCAAUGUGGGCUUCAGUCAGCAGCAGCAGUGAGGAAACUAUAGAGCCCAAUUAUACAAGCAUAGAGCAGCUGUUUUGCUUUCCACAGCCAACCCCCAAGGAGAAAACGGCUGCACCGGUGAAAGCAGAACCGAAGGAGAUCACAUUUUUGGACUCCAAGAAAAGUCUCAAUUUGAACAUAUUUUUGAAGCAAUUUAAAUGCUCCAAUGAAGAGGUGGCUGCCAUGGUCCAGAACGGGGACCGGACCAAGUUUGAUGUUGAGGUCCUGAAGCAGUUGCUGAAGCUGCUGCCUGAAAAGCAUGAGAUAGAAAACUUGAAGGCCUUCAAAGAAGAGAAAUCAAAGCUAGCAAAUGCAGAUCAGUUUUAUCUUCUCCUCCUUCAGAUUCCCAGCUACCAGCUGCGGAUUGAAUGUAUGCUGAUCUGUGAGGAGACCACUGUUGUGCUGGACAUGAUUCAGCCAAAAGCUGGAGCCAUCCGGAGAGCCUGCGAAGAUCUUCUGAACAGUCAUCGCCUGCCUCUCUUCUGUCAACUGAUUCUCAAAGUUGGAAACUUUCUGAACUACGGAAGCCACACGGGUGACGCUGAUGGGUUUAAAAUCAGCACUUUACUCAAACUAACAGAAACCAAAGCCAACCAAACCCGCAUUACGCUGCUCCACCAUAUUCUGGAGGAAGUAGAAAACAGCCACACAGACCUACUGGAACUGCCAGAAGAUCUUGAAUACGUUUCAAAAGCAGCAGGAAUUAAUCUUGAUAUUAUACGCUCUGAGUCCAGUACCAAUCUAAAGAAGUUGCUGGAGCUUCAACGAAAGGUCUCAUCAUCAAAUGACGAUGUGAAACAACAGUAUGAGAAGCCUAUCCAGGAUAGCAUUGAUGCCGCCAGAAAGCUGGAAGAAGAAUUUGAAACCAUCGACAGGAAAAGAGAAGAGCUUGCAAAUUAUCUUUGUGAAGACCCAAGCAAGUUGUCCCUAGAGGACAUAUUUAACACCAUGAAGACCUUCAGAGAUCUCUUCAUUCGAGCCCUGAAGGAAAACAAGGACAGAAAGGAGCAAGCUGCAAAAGCAGAGAAGAGGAAGAAACAGCUGGAAGAAGAAGAGGGGAAGAGACAGAAGGGAGAAAAUGGAAAAGUCAUUAAGAAGGGGGUGGUGAAGCAGGAGGAGGUGUGCGUCAUUGAUGCGCUGCUGGCUGACAUAAGGAAAGGGUUCACACUGAGAAAGACGAAGAACAGACACGAGUUGGAUGCACCUCCUAAAACCUUGCCUGUGGAGAGCCCAGAGGAGAACCAGGCUGGGAAGAGCAUUAAGGAUCCACAAGCAGGAGGAAUGCAGAUCGAUGAUAAGGCCAAGCAGAACAGUGAUGGUCAUCCCUCAGAAAGCACCCCCACCUCAACCACAGGUCUCCCAGAGAUGGGUAAAGAUGUUACAGAUGCCUCAGCUCCAAACCAGGCAUUACCUGAAAACAACACUGGAGUAAAUUUGCCACCAGGGUCCCGGACAGAAGGCCACCUGGUGGAAGCUGAUGGGACCAGUCAGCCUGAGCAAGGUGCAGAGAUGGCAAACCUCCAGCCAAGCACAAAGAGCAGCUCCAUUACCUUCUCUUCCACUAACAUAGGUGCUGGGAUAAAGUUUGUGAGCGGCAUUUCAGGCACUACUCUGAGAGAGCAGCUCAAUGGGUCUGUCUCAGAGGAGCAGGACAACGAACGCCCAGGGAAUGGCUUGGAGAGCUGCAGGCUGGCACAGGAGCAGGACACCCAGCUGAGCCAGGACGGGGUCGAGCCUCCAUCUGCUCCCUGUGACAAGGCUCACCAGGCAGAGUCAAAAGAGAUGGCAAAGGAGAACGAAGACCCUGGUACAGACUCGCUGUUGGACACCUCCCAAGAGAAGUCCUUCUCGGAGGAGCCAGCCACCGACUCCUCUUGUUCAGCAACACUGCCCCCGGGGCAAAGUCACACAGACAGGGAAAAGCAGAGGACAUCUGGAAAACGGAGGAAGAAGAGACACAGCAAAAGCUACUCAGCAGAGGUUGAGGCUGAUACUGGAGAUAAUAAAACAAAACUAGGUUGUGUGGUACAAUGAGGCGUCACGGCAAGGCAGAAGAAAUAACGGAGGCCUGGACACAUCCUAACUCAUCCCCAGAGCACUGCCAGCCGCUCAGAAGCCAGGCUCUGUGUCACUGAAACGCCUCCUGCAGCCACCUCUGCCCUGACCAGAUGUCAUGCUCCCCCUCAAGCUGCCUUCCACCCUUUGCCCGAAGACCCAACAAGCUGCCCCGGAGACAUCAGCACAUUCAGCCCGUGCCUUACACGACCUGCGCUGGGCCCUAGCACCUGCAGGGACACGGGCCUGGUCGAUGCGCGGCGGUGGGGAAGGCACGGGUCUCUCGGCCUCCAUCCCCAAAGCCAAAUCCCCUGCCUGCUCUUAGGCCAAACUCCUCUUGAUGUGCCAGCUGAGUGUGGCCCAAGAAAGGACUGCAUCGUUCAGCCCUCGGAGGAAUUUUAAAAAUAGCAGUGCCUCGACUAAAUGAAGGGUAUAAAUUCAGCAGUGGCAGUACCCUCACAGGGAGAAGCGUGUUACUCCCCCUUCUCAUUGCCUACUGUCAAUUUAUAUUCGACUAGAUCCAAAACCCAGAUCAGACAUAUGCAUUUGCACUCUCAAUCAUUUAAAGCAAGGAAAAUAAGUUAUAGGAACAAAACGAAAAAUGCAUUUUAGUAAAUGUCCAUAUAAACAGUGUCUGGCUCCCAGAUAGUGCUUAUGUGCAAUGAAGUUGAAGCACAUCUGUAGCCUUGCAGUAGUCUUCUCACACACACAGGUACGUGCAUAAAUUUUCGGAGAAUCAGGGCCCAAGCUCCUGUUAUUAAAGCAACGGAAAGAGCUUUUUCAGGGUGCUUGGUUAGAUGUAUUUUAAGCUUAUUUAGUAAAUCUCCAGGUUUUAAUACUGUUGUCAGCUGCUUGCACUCAGAAGCCUUCGCAUUCGAGCUGCAGAACAUGUGCGUUCAUGUUACUUUUGCUUUGAAACUGGGAAUGUGCAGUAUUGUGUUUUAAAGAUUCAGAGCUUUAUUUCUUAAGUUUUGUAAUAACAUUGUAUCAUAGUUUUGUACAUAGCUGUCGAUUUAAAAUUAUCGAUGUUUAUUGAAUUUAUGAUGUGAUAGUGUGCUGAAACAUGAAUCAAGUGGAAGAGAUUGUUACAUUUAAGAACUAUGCCUUUGUAUGGUAACCACUGUGUUUAGACUAAUGUUCAGGCUAAAGCUUAUUUUGCUUUGCUGAAUAGGACUUGUAACAUCCUUGUAAUACUGAACACUUUGCUGGACUAAUUUAGAAGUUACGCCAAGAAUUAAAUCACUUGUUUAUUUUAAUCUAAGCAUUGUUACUGGAAAACAGUUAACAAAAACAAAGGUGAAUUUAGAGUAGAUGCAUGGGCAGGCUCAGGUCAGGAAGCCCCAUGGAGCAGCACAACCGUGUUGCAGCUCAAAUCCGGUUCGCGGCUGGCAGAAGCAGGCUGAACUCCUCCACCCUUUCCUGCAAAACUGGAUAACCCGCCCCAGCUUUAACUUGCGUGACUGUCACAUUUACAGUUCUCUCUUCCCUUCCUCCCCCUUCUAGUCUCAGAGCAUGUCACCCAUGUCAGUCUUUCUUGCUCUCAUUAAUCCAAUUUCUCUGCUCUCAGAUUAGACCCCAGCCUACAAAAAUCUGAGUAUCAAAGAUUUUCUUAGCACCUUUGCAACCUCCAAGUUUCCAGCAGGAGCCUGCAGCCCAGGCUGGCAGUAAGCAGGCAGCCUCCUCCAGCCCCCACCUUGUUGUUUUAUCAAUAGGGGGGAAAAAAAUCACUGAUAUUCAGGAUUUGGGAGCAAACAAGCUUUCUUGGUGUUACUUGGGGAACAUUACCUGCUGAUACCCCUGGCAGGCUUAUUUCUUCAGAUAUGCAGUAUUCAUCCACUUCUUCAUCUGGGUCUUUCAGCUACCCCCAUUUCCACCCAGAGAGAAAAACGUAUCACGCAGAGUUUUUAUUGCUCUGAAUAGAAAGAGAGAGUAAUCAAAAGAGGACCUUCAAGGAGAGGGCAUUUGGCAUUACCUUUCCACUCUCCACAAGAUUUUACAGAGAAAUUGGUUAUUUUGAGCCACUGUUUGUUCUUUGUUCUGUAGUCAUCUGUGAAAAUUAUAUUAAAUUAUCUACACAAUCAGAUCCCAAUAAAAACAGGACAAAGUGCAGCAUUUAUAAUGUAUUACUGCAGAGCAGCUCUGCUACCAUUACAGUGAUUAUUUAACAGGGGGAUGGAGUCAGAACAGGUCAAAGAAAGAUGUUUGACUGGCACUUGCAGUUUUGUUCCAGUUGUGACUUUUAAAUAGAGUUCUUGAUCCUGAAGAUUUUUCUCAGUGUUUGCAAGGCCAAAUUAAAUGCUGAUAAAAGCAUUUACUUUUGCAGCCAUUUCAGCAGGUCUGUGCUCAUUUAAGCCAACGGUAAGUUUGGAUCUCAAAAAAAGAAUUUGUAUGGUAUAUUGCAGCAACUGGACAGAGUCCAUUACCUAAACCAGCCUGUGAAUGUUUUACCAUUCUAGAAACCACAAGUUUCUAGCUGUCAAAUAACUGCAUAUUCCUUAAAUAGGCAUUGGCUACAUGAUGAAAACGAAGCUGUGGAAGAAAUCAGCAGAAGUUUUUUCUAAGUACUUCACGUCAGAAUUUGGAUAUGUUAAAGGGGAUGGAACUUCAGGGUUUGAUUGUUUUUUAAUUUCAAUACUGAAAAUAUUUCAAAAUUUAGAAUAAAAGAAGUCAAAGUA